ACAAUAAACAUCAAAAAAAAAAGUCUCCAACAAUCGUAUUUGUUGUUGUUGUGAAAAAGUAGAUCAAUUUUAACCAAAAAAACCAUUGAAAUGUUUAAUUGUACAAAAUGUGCCAUUCAUUCUUGCGUUGGACACCGUUUUUGAUUAAAAAACUGAUAUUCUUGCCGAUGAAAUUGUUCGCAUUUAUAAGCAGCGUAGCAUUUGGUGCAUAUAUCAUUGUUAUCUUAUGUGCUAUUAUCUCAAAAGACGGCUACGACUGGCUUUCUUAUACAUUUACCAAGUAAUAAUUGAAAGUCGCAUUGAAUUAAACAUGAAUAUCUGAAGAAAACGUCUUUAGUUUGACCGGAGAAAUUCAGGAUCAAAUCAAUAAAAUUGAAACCGACUGAAUGAAAAUCAAGUGGAAAAGUUACCUGGCAGAAAAUGUCGUUGUUCAAUUGAACGAAGCUUUAGAAAAACAAAUACCACCACCGUAAAGCGAGAGGAGCAAAAAAUAAAACCAAGAAAACAAAACAGAAAAUCUCCACUGUUCAAUUGACACCAACUAAUCUACAUACUUUUCGGUUUUCACUACUUGUUGUUGUGUUGGUUCGUUAUUAGUGUUGUACAUAAAUAUGGAUAAAUAGUUCAGUGGUAAAAGAAACCAUAUCAGUUUCAGUUUCAAAUAGACUACAUUACACAUCAUCACAAUAAUAAUAAAUAAAAAGAAGUAGACAUUUACACGUGUGUAUGUGGUAUUGAAUAUAUUGGGCCCUAUUUCUAUCAUUCGACCGAUUUGAUCACACUCACGCAAACGCUAAAAAAAACAAUGAAACGGAAACAAAGACGAUAUAGGACCACAUUCAAUUCAAUGCAGUUGCAAGAAUUAGAAAAAGCUUUUCACCGCACUCAAUAUCCAGACGUAUUUUUUCGUGAAGAGUUGGCAUUGCGCAUUGAAUUGACCGAGGCAAGAGUUCAAGUAUGGUUCCAAAAUCGCAGAGCCAAGUGGAGAAAGCAAGAAAAGGUCUUCAUCAAAGAUGGCGAUGACAUGAAGACAGACAUGAACUAUGAAUCUUCCGUGAAUCCAGACCAACGAGUCACCGAAUUGGAAAACUUGCCAGUAACGGAGCAUGCAAAAAUGACUGAACAAUCGAAAAAUGUAUACCAUCAUCAUUCGGAUGAAUUGACUGCAAAUCAAAUAUUAAACGAUUCAAAUGGUUUGAUGCAUACAUUGGAUCCCGAAUCAAAAAUUACGCUUGGAAAUUUGUCACCGGAACGACUGUCGCCGAACUUAUUCUUAAGCAUGAACAUUGACGGAGAUGAUCGCAAUAAUAUUAGCGUUGAAUGGACAAAUUAUAAUGAAAACACACCAACAUCAACGAUGUCACUUCAUUCACAUCAUCAUGAUCUGACUAUGACAUCGCCAUUGACAUCAAUGCAAAUCAUGAACCAAAAUCAAUACGUGCGAUCGAAUUUACUGGGCACAGCCAAUGUCAUCGAUAUCAAUAAUUGCUUGAAUCUUGACGCCUCAUCGCCGUAUGAUGAAAUGAAAUUUCUUGGCGUUGAUCAGUUCAAUAAUAUUGACAGUUUUAAGGGUGAUUGCAUUCUUAAUAUGGAUCAAUCAAUUAUAUUGGAUGAUAAAACUAUGGGCGAAUCUAAUGUACUAUUGGGUGAACCAAACGAAGACUUGGACCUUCGUCAAACAUUCGUUUUGCACGAUUCAAUGGAGAAAUCAAUGCCUUUGGUCGAUCUGGAAAAACCAAUAAUUAAUAUCAAUUUGGAAAAUUUAACAAUGUCCGGUACACAGCACUCACAAUCAAACCACUUACAACAUCCACAGAAUUAA